UGUCAAUGGUCGAUUUAUUUCAACCUGACCUUUUCACCAUAUAUGAAAACUUUUUGCAAAGGAAUGAAUGAGUAAAGGGAUAUUCACGGUUAAAGGAUAGCAGAACAAAGAAGAAGAGUGAAUUUUUCUUGCCGCCUCCUCUUCCGAUGCCUGCAAUAGAGCCCUGAUUUUUCUAUGGGCGCUGAAAGGUAUCCGCGACCGAGUCACGAAGAGGAGAAUUCCGCCGUCCACUCGACGACAAAGAUCUUGCUAGUAGCCAUUGUUUAGGCGGAGCUGAAGCAUCUGGCUUGGAAGAUCAAGGCCGGGCAAAAUUGUACGGAGUAGAGCAAAGAGGAAAAUACGAAUUGAAUAAUAGGUACUCCAUAGUGGGUAAAAGUAAUUGAAAUCCUCCAUCUGGAGAAUACCUGAAUCACCACUUAUGUUCAGAGUAACACUAUCCCCUUGCUCGAAGGUAUUGUUAGGGAUAAUUGAAUUCACCCCUGAGUGAUUUGCCUUUUGCCUAGGCGGUCUAUUUAGGUAUCAGCCCCUUUCUUUCGGGGCCACGAGUCUGAUGGAGAAUGUAUUCCGCUCGGAGUACGGAGUACGGAGUUGUUUAUGCCUGGAUUCCGAUCGACAGAGGGCGGCGAGCCGCAUCGGCCCUUGUGGCUUAGAGGGCGGAAAUCACGAAAGAGCAGAGUCAAUUGGGUACGAAGCGUAGCCCACUGGCUGGCAAGAGAGGCAGAAGGCUCGUCAGGGGGUGAAAACGAGGGCGGAAGGUUGUUUGCAGGCGCCACUGGAAGGGAAGACGACAAGAACGGGACUCGCUUCAGUUUUACCGUAUCUUCGAUCAAAGGCCAUCAGCGCAGACGAAGAGACGAAGACGCUGGAUCACAGUGGAUGUCUGUCUGCACGUCCUGCGUAUGGACAUAG